AUGCGAAUCACGCAGGAAACAGCUACGGUUUCCAUCAGAGCAGAGAUGGUGUUUAUUUGUAUUUACUUUUUCAACUGUAAUAUAGUGUUAUGUUUAUAUAUAAUUACGUAUAGGUGUAGGAAUCAUUGGAGAAUGCGCGUUACCGUGCCUGAUGAAUGAGCACGGGUUUUACUACAGUGACCAGCAGCGCUAUGCUAUCGAUAGUUUGUGACAGGACUGAAGUGAGGUGUACCGUACUAACAUCAAAACAAGUUUCAAACUCGAGGCUAUCAUCAUGUCAUCUGCCGCAGGUCAGCCGAGCGAUAGAACCGGCUUCCUCGGAGCGAGGAUCCCCUCAGAGGUGGAGGUCAUGGCCGAACACUUGAAGGAUUUUGAUAAAGAAGUGUUCAGAACAAUCCUCAAAGCUGUUGUAAGCGCUUUGGAAGGAAAGGACUGCAGAGAAUCUGUGGCUGCCAUCGCUGAGCAUGGGAAUCUCUCUGAAGAGCAGUUAAGCUACAUUAUAGCAGGAAUGUACACUCUGCUGAAGGAAGCAUUGCGACUCCCAGCCUCCUCCCUCAAACAGGAGGUCUUCAAGGAAGAUUUACGGGAUAUUAGGGUAUCGGAGGAGUUCAUUGCAGAUUUUGCCAGCUUGAUCUUCGGCAGUAGGCGAGCGGUGCUCAAGAGUGCAGCUGCUCAGGAGGGAAUUCGAUGGCCAGGCAUUGCUGGUUUCAGGUGGAGAGUAGACGUGGCCAUCUCAACAAGCUCUUUAGCCCGUACGCUGCAGCCCUUCAUACUGAUGCAGCUGACUGAUGGGAAUGCCCACCGCUUUGAGGUGCCCGUUUCCAAGUUCCAAGAGCUUCGCUACAACGUUGCCCUGAUCUUGAAGGAAAUGAACAACUUGGAGAAAAGAAGUGUGCUGAAAAUUCAAGACUGAAUCGGUUCAGCUUGUUAAACCCUAAAA